UGAUUGGCCACACCCACAUCCACCCUACCUGCUCCUACCUCCUACCUGUACACUCCCUGAUAAUAAGAAUGAUCCUGAUUGGCCAAUCCCCAACCCCUCCCUCCCUGGGCUCCUCCUUAGUGUUCUGAGGAAGUCAGCUGUCACUCUGCUGCUGCUUCUCAGUGUGUGAAGUUGCCGUUUGGAAGAUUUACAAAAAUGGCGUCAGCGUCUUCUCAGGAGGAGGACUCCUUCACUUGUCCAGUCUGCCUGGGGCUGUUGAGGGAUCCAGUGACAACUGCCUGUGGACAUAAUUUCUGUAUGAAGUGCAUUAAGGGCUGCUGGGAUCAGGAGGAUGGGAAAGGAGAAUACAGCUGCCCCCUGUGCAAACACACCUUCGACUCAAGGCCUGUUCUCCAUAAAAACCGUCUGAUGGCUGAAAUGGUGGAGAAGUUCGGGAAGACUAGAUUUCAAGCUGCUGCUACUGCUCGCUGUUAUGCUGGACCUGGAGAUGUGGCCUGCGACGUCUGCACCGGUAGAAAACGCAAAGCUGUCAACAACUGCACCGGUAGAAAACUCAAAGCUGUCAAGUCCUGUCUGGAGUGUUUAGUAUCCUACUGUGACACUCACUUGAAAGCUCAUGAUGAACUUAAUCCAGGUAGAAACCACACCAUGGUUGAUGCCACAGGCCAGCUACAGGAGAUGGUCUGUCCCCGUCAUAAAAAGGUUUUUGAAAUAUUCUGCCGCACCGAUCAGAGUUGCAUCUGCUAUCUGUGUAUGGUGGACGAUCAUAAAGGCCACGACACGAUCACGGCUACGGCAGAGUGGAGUCAUAAAAAGGAGGGGUUGGGGCAGAGCCAGAGGAGAUGCCAGCAGAGAAUCCAGUCGAAGGAGAAGGAGCUGCAGGAGCUGAGGAAGGCUGUGGAGACUCUCAAGUCUGGUGCGCAGACAGCAGUGAAGGAGAGUGAGAGGAUGUUUACUGAGAUGAUCCGCUCCAUUGAGAGAAGGAGCUCUGAGGUGACAGAGCUGAUCAGAGCUCAGGAGAAGGCUGAGGUGAGUCGAGCUGAAGGACUCCUGAAGCGACUGGAGCAGGAGAUUGCUGAGCUGAAGAGGACAGAUGCUGAGAUGAAUCAGCUUUCACUGACACAGGAUUCCAUCAAUUUCCUCAAGAUCAAACAACCUCCAGGAGGAUUCAAACCUGCGACCCUGUAA